AUGCCGAAGCCUUUUCUUUCCCCAUCUUCCACCAGCACUGCUCCAUUGUCCCGUCGAACCGGCAUCAGAUUUCGAUAUCAUUCAUCUCCUUCUCCCAAAAUAUUGAACUCUCGUCGACGAGACAUUAUAGCUACACGACAAUGUCGAUAUACACCAACCCCUCAUCGUCGAGGGUUCAGUCAAUUAACACCCAAACCACUUGCGCGGUUACACGAUCGGCGCGAUAUUGAUGCUUUUUUCUUCUCGGGCCGAUCUUCGAAUACGACACAUUCUAAUAGGAAUAGAAGGGAUGAUGGGGAUAGGACCAAGAAUACGAGACAAGCCGAUCAGACGGUGAAAUAUGAUAUACCCGGUUCCGAGGGGGAUCAUAAACCACCUGAUGAACGGGUUGUGAGGUUGGGGAAGACUCUACGAAAAUUAUCGCCUCUCCUCCCGAAUAUCCUCAUCCAUCCUCUCCCCACUGAAAUCCUCUCACCGCAGAUAACUCUCCAUCUAUUCCCAUCCACGCAUCCGCAUUUACCGAACGUCAAGGGCCGAGUACUCUACCGCGCGGCGUUAUGGACUGUCCCCGUGGCAUGGAGUAGCCUCCCGCUAUUAGGGAACGUCAAACUUCAGAUCCUGAGUGAACGCAUGGUCCGCGCUGAUUCCGUGUUGGGUUGUGAGAAUUAUGCGACUACGGAUUGUGGUGAGGAGAGGUUUGUCGUCCGUUGGAAGACGAGUCAUGACCCAUCAACAACAACAACAUCAUCAUCAUCAUCGUCGUCGUCGUUGUCCUCGACGUCAACAUCAACAUCUACCUCAAAUACCCGGACCUCAGAUACAGGCAUCAACAAAAGCCUAAGCACACUCCUAGGCGGCGACGCACCAAUCUUCCUCCCCGGCAAAGAAGGCCGUUUCGAAGGUUUAUUCAUCUUCGCAUUUGAUGAAAAGGGGCGUAUAGCGAGUCAUACGAUUGAACAUGCAGACCGCGCGGAUGGAUGGGAUCGAACGGCCAAAUUUGUGACGUUGACGGAUUGGUUGUUGGGGAAGGCCAGGGGGAGCCUUAUGGAGGGUGGAGGGGGGACUGUUGCGGGACCGGCAUUGAUUGUUCCUGUUGAUUCAGAUCGUGCACGGCAAUAUCAGUCUGAUAGAAGUUUUGGGUGGGGGGCGGCGGAUGGGUUGAAGGGAAAGGUGGAGAGUUCUGUUAUCAUGGUGGAAUUCGAUGAGACAUUAAGAUGUUCGAAAUGA